AUGAGGCCUGCCUCAAGUCUCGGAAACGUCAGUCCAUCAGCAAGCUUGUUAAGAUUCCUACAAGCGCAGCGAGAUACUCUGUGCUUCUUCUCGACGAGCUCAAGUACUGAUUCGACCUCCGCUCUCCUGCACGGCCCUCGACUGCUAGAACAGUGCCAGAGGAGGGUCAGCUACGUGGAGUCUCGAAGAGAAAGACCUAUUCCUGCGACAUUGCGUGCAUCGUAUCUCGAUAUACUGUGGCCCAGACAUUGUGAGGGUGCCACCCAAGCUCUCCCGGCUCCUGCACCAAACCACCUCCAGCACUACCGUUCUUCCCAGAGCAUACAGCAGCAACAUCGGCAUGCGUCCACCGAUUCACAAUCCUUCUUCCAACGACUCUUCUCCUUCAGACACCGAAAGAACCAAUCGAAGCUUCAUCCUUCCGACCUUCCUCCAGGCCAAAAUUGUGACGACCCCUCGAGUCAGCUCUUCAAUCUCUCCCGUUCGCUGUUGAGAUCUACCGCCGGCGCCGAUUUGAAGCUGCGAUGCACAGAGUUUGAUGCCAACGGAUCAGUCACGCUGGUGUCGGGUGAAUUCAAGAAGUCCGAGCUGAUCGCAAAAUAUGGCCUGCUCCCACGCGACCUUCGAAAAAUCGACUCUUCUGUACUACCACAUAUUCUAGUCCGCCCGUCCGCUAUUCUCAUUAAUCUUUUACAUCUACGAGUUCUGAUACAAAGCGAUCGCGUUCUUGUCUUUGAUGCUUACGGUUCUACGGAUUCCUAUACCCAGAGUUUGUUCAUGUACGACCUAGAAGGAAAAUUGAGGCAGAAGGCGGACGCGCGCUUGAAUGGCAAUAGCACAUAUCUCCCUUACGAAUUUCGGGCACUGGAAGCGGUUCUGAUAUCUGUCACAUCCGGGCUGGAGUCGGAGUUUGAGGGUGUUCGCGAGCCGGUCGUGCGUGUUCUGAGGGAGCUUGAGGAAGAUAUCGAUAGAGAAAAGCUGCGCCACCUACUUAUCCACUCAAAGAAGUUGGGCACGUUCGAGCAGAAGGCUCGACUUGUUCGAGAUGCAAUCAAUGAUCUCUUGGACGCCGACGAUGACCUGGCCGCCAUGUACCUGACAGAGAGACGUGCGCUGGGUAAGCAGCGAGAGGAGAACGAUCACCAAGAAGUUGAGAUGCUGCUCGAAUCCUACCACAAGAUAUGCGACGAAAUUGUGGAGAUUUCUGGAAACUUGAUUGGCAACAUUCGAAACACCGAGGAAGUGGUCAAGGCAAUUCUCGACGCAAAUCGAAAUUCGCUGAUGCUUCUAGAGCUGAAGUUUAGCAUUGGCACCUUAGGACUUGCUGCAGGAACUCUGAUCGCAGGCCUCUAUGGCAUGAAUCUGAAGAACUUCAUUGAAGAGUCUGAUGUUGCCUUCCCUGCUAUCAGUGUCAUUUGCAUCGGCUUAAGCGCUAUCGUUGCCUUGUAUGGCAUGAGGAAGCUGCGAAAGGUGCAGAAAGUCCGUAUGUGGGGUGAAGGGUAUGGUUCACAAUUGAACAGUGUUAGGGGUAAUUGGAGGAAUGAAGCUAUGGAGCAUGCUGGUCUGGGAGCGCUGCCUGGGGAAACUCGACUCGAGAGGAUCAAAAGACAGAGACAGGAGAAUGGUCCUGUUCUAUGGCCGGGCAUGGACGGCCUGGGAGUAGACAAGACUCCGCCACAGCCUACGGUACCUAUUCAUGACAACACAGUCAGUAAUCAAACCACGAUGAAGGGGAACGUCAAGACAAGAUUGAGCGCAACUCCGGUUCCCGCUGUAUCACCCACCAUAGGCAUCAAGAAAUCACCCUGA